UUCACUGCAUGCAGAGGGGACACGAAGAAGGAGAAUGAGAAGAGACUUUGGAGAGAGCGAGAGAAGCAUUGGAGAGCGAGUGAAGAAAUAAAGUAAGAGAGAGAGAGAGAGAGCGAGAAGAAGGCCCUUCUAGUAACGCACACGCACAGUUGAUUUGACAGUGAAAGGGACAAGAACACAUCGAUCCAAAACACUCACUUCGGUAUCCAUCGGCAAGGCUCAAGUUCGUUGUGCAACAUCACUGCCUAUCCUCUCGUACAACAACCAACGCACCACGUGCUUCUUCGCACAUACAUUAUUGAAUAAUGCUCAACUCGUUGUCUGGGAUGUGGAACUGAUUGGAAGAGGCAUUUCCUAGUUGGUGACUGGACCCAGCGGAUUGCAUAGGAACAAGGAACCAUGUGGAUCUUAUCUCCUCUGUUGUGACACUCUGUGGAUUGAGGAGAUUGACACCAACGACCGACAACUGAUCAUCAUGAACAGCUUCUGAUUCGACAACCAACCACGUGGUAGCGAGUUUUGACCAGCGCUCGAAGCUGGAACACAAACAUUUCUCCAUCCAUGGUAAAUGCUCUCACCGCCAUCGGAUGGCUCCCAUCAGUCCAAGCCACAGGAUCACGAUGAAGACGAUGGCAACAAAAUACACGAGCCUGGCCAAAUUCUCAGGGACACCCAAGCAUUAUAUUCAAGGGCUCGAAAACAGUCAGAAAACACGCCAGAACGCUUAUUGGGAAAAACUAAACCCCACCAGUACCCCAUAUCACCUCCUUUUGGUUACGAAAUGGGCCGUACCGUGGCGCGGGAGAUGGCCGAACGAUCUCAUUGUAUUCCUUAUCAAUCUCAAACCCCACCUCUCACUCCCUCCGGUGCCAGUGGGGAGCAACACCCCCAUGCUCAUUCCGUGCAUUCGCACUAUUCACAACCAAGCCCUUUUGGCCUGAGGAGGGAUGCUUUGAACCCUAGUCCGUAUUAUGCUCAACAAGUCAGUUUGUCAGAAUCUGCUUUGAGGGACCGAUAUUUUUCAGAGCAGGCCUACGCACAACAUUACCAUCAUCCUCGUGGUGUCUCCUCUUCUACUGUUUCACUGUUACCCCCAUUGGAGAGAUCGGCCGAGGCCCGAGCUCACUCACAAGGUUACCGUCCCCAUUCAUAUCCGAGUUCAUUGCUCUCCCCGGACAGACUCGAAGAUUUUCGUGGUCGCAGGUCCUUGCCUCCUCAAUCCACAAGCUCCUCAAACCAUCCACGGUCCCAUCCCCAGGCAAGAUUGCCGAAGGAUGUAAAAGAGACUAAAGGUUGCCCUCCAGGUCCUGCCGACUACGCUCGGUUUUAUGAGUAUUAUUCAAAUACAAUGCCAUCACCCUCUUCCAAUUUGGCCCAUUUUUACUCCGGGAAGAAUCUGUCCGACGACUUGAACCGUUCCUUGCAUUACUCCCAAUCCUCUGGUCAUCAAUCAGGUCAAUCUCAGGACCAGUUUAGUCAUUCCUCAGCAAGAGGCCGUAGAGGGGCUCAAUAUCAAACUUCAGUCCCAGUCUCUUCCACAUGGCAAAUUCAAGGCCCUCCACCAACAGGCAACCGCAGAGGUUCUCAUGAUCUUACCCAAGAAGAAAAGACCACGUCCAAGUCUCUAAAUCCCAGAGAUGGAUCCAUCAACCCUGCAGGGAACACCCAGUCCGGAACAAACGUUAAGAGUUCCAUCCCUAACCGUUCAGGUCCGACGAGUCUAACAAGGCCAACCAAUCAACUUGCCGAAGAACAGACACCGUCCCCUUCCACCUCUAGUUUUCAACGAGGAUCACUGAUAGAAUUGUACAAUGGACAGGUCAAGCGGGUGGAAGAGUUGCGAACCUCGGACUUUUUACACAAUUCAAGAAUGUACGAGGAUAUCAAGUUGGAGAUCAGCAGAGUGGUGAGCUACGAAAUCGGAAAUGCAGAGGGUCAACAAAAUUCCAUCCAUUUAGCUGUUUCAGCCAAUGAGACCAGGGUUUCCUUGGAAGCAAGUUCAGAUCAUCCGUUUUUCGUUCCAAAUCAUGGUUGGAGUUCCGUUGACCCGGUUUCAACCUUGGAAAAGUACAAUCUUCCAUGUCGUCGACUUCGCUUUGGCGAUGAAUGUUUGACCCUGUCUCUGAACCAAGACCUGAUUCACUCGGAACCUGAAGUACUACCGCAAGAGGCUAACACAACCCCCGGAGAGACCCCCAGUGAAGCUGAAAUGAUGCCACCCCCUCCCCCUCCUCGAACCACUACCUCUCAACACUCUGGCAUGGAAACAACCGCACCUGAUGAAUGUUCAGAUAUGUCCAAGAAUCCAGGGACCUCAAUAGCUUCUAGUUGUUCUACACAAGAUGGGCCCCAUGAGCAGACUGCGCUGGAGACAAAAGAGAGCCUAGAUAAAUUUAAAAGACCUCCAGACAAAACGCAAGACUUUGGAUCGCCUCCCAAACGGAGAAAGUAAUUUAAACAUUACACCAUUGCAACAACAAAACUAUGAUCAACUGGUUUGAUGAAGCCCAAACCAAUGCAAUGACAAUGAUUUGGAUUGGAAUUGUCGAGGUCAAUUUUUGUGUCCUAGAAGCCAUUGGCAACAAAAUUUGAACAAGUCCUCUUUGUGUGUUCAUUGGUAUGUCAUUGAACUUACCCUGGUGAGAUCCGAAAUAAUCUGUCCCUUGCUCCCAUGUCAAUUAUCAUUCUGUCCGGUCGUUAAGAUUAUGUCAUAACUGAACCAUUUCAAAAUAAAUCCUUGAACAAGGAUAGUCGGUUGUUUCACCCAAGAAUGUCCUAAAGUCAACGGUUGUUGUCAAAGCUCAACGAGCAAGCUCCAAUGUUCAAACCAACGCUUCUCCUCAAAUAAACAAGCAUUGGAUCGUUGGUCAAUUUAUGGAUCUUAGCCUCCUGUGAAGGUUGCAAUAUGAGCGGUUCAGAAUUGCUGGUUGACGCUUGCGCCAAAACCGAUCUUGCAUUCGUACCCAGCAUGAAAUACGUUGCCGUUGAAUAUGUGCACUCUAUUUGAAUUCAUGUAUGUGAGAUUGUUUCCUUCUAAUAAAGAUACAACUUGUG